AAUCAAUAUUGCUAUAUUAUUUUUUAUAUGUGCUAUUUAUUUAUAAAGUUUUAUGAAUUUAAAUUAAUUAUAAUAAAUAUAAGAACCAUAGCAUAAAAUAUAAAUAUUUUUGAAAUUAAGUUUGAAGUUUUGAUUUUGGAAAAAAACUAUCUUUAAACCUCAAAUAUGAAGUUUUGCAAAUUUAAAAAUAGAGUGUUGUUUUAGAAAUGCUCUUAGUCUACCGGUUUGACUAAAAAUUUAUUAAUGAUCCUACACUAGAAUGUCUAGGAUUCAAACCCUAAAAAAAGCAAAACUAUGUAUAUCAUGGAAAAAAAAAUUACAAGACAUCUUAGCAUUGUGCAAGGAAUAUUGUUUGGCGUGGAUGUUAAAAGUCGGCUGAAAAUGGUAUAAUCAAACGUGAAUUCUCAUAUGAGAUAUAUUUUUAUAUAUUGUAAUAUCAUAAUUAACUAGAUGCUAAAUGAGUUUUGUUUUUCAGACUUAAUCACAGAUCUUCGAUUUAAAAAAAUAUGAAUGAUUAAAGAUCAAGACUAUAUAAUGAUCAAUGACAACCAUCAUGUGAACAAUUAACGAAAUCACCAUAGUGAAAAUAGUUGUUUUGUACAAAAUGUAAAACAAACAUAUCACUAGACAAUAGCUAUACUAUUGAUUGUAUAUGUACCGCUGAUCUUUUCAAUAGAUUAUUAUCUAUCAAAUAUAGUGUGUAGAACAAAGUGUGACUGAUGUAGUUAUGAAAAUGUUAAGUAUUCCAUCCCCCGUAGUAAUUCAAGCAUACACUAUAUUAACAAUUUAUAUUUUUCGUUAAAGUUUCAAGAGAUUUGUUUCAGUAUAGGUUGUUGGUUAAUGAAUAUGACCUUUUCAGUUGAAAAGGAACAAUACCCAACUCUCAUACAAUCUCACUGUUCUACCAAAUAGCAAUUUGAUUAUAAAAGAUACUGGGAGAUUUUUUGGUUAAAGUAAAAGUUGACGAAUUAUUCGAUUUUCAUAUGAGCUAAAAGUUCUAUGGGAAACGGGAUCUAAAGUCUAAAGAUACGGUCGACUAGAAUUCGCUCAUAUAAAAUUAAAAUUUAGAAAUCGGAUCUCAAAAGUUGCUAGGCUAGAUAUAUAGUAUAGUUGUUUGUAUAGAUCCCAUGAUUUCUCGGAUUCACGAGCAAUAUACAGAACGUGCAAAGAAAUACCAUAUGAACAACCAAACUGUUAGACCAGUUAAAUAACUAUUACUUUGAAAAUGAGAUUGCAUAUCGAAGUUUUAGAAUCUUUUAGGGAGUUGCCUAACCAAACUAACUGAUCCUACAUAAACCCGGUUAAUGAAAAAUUCCGCUCCUUUCUGUUUGAGUAGUUAAAUUUAUAUUGUGGACUAAUGAAAUACAUCAUACAUUAUAAGUCAUGACUAAUCAUGUAUUAUAGCGACCUUUUGCAAGAGAUUUGUAUAAAUUACAAACAUAUUUUAACAGUCACUUAAACGAGUUUUAUACGAUUUCUGAACUUUCUUACGAAUAAUUAAACAGUUCAACGAACUACGCAAUAUACUAAGUUAUUAACUCUAUAUGGAUUGUGAAUAUCACGUUGAAAAUGUUGUUAUUAAUAAUUAUACAUGCAUAUGCAGUAUAUAUCUACACAAGCAACUACAUAUAUCCUAUGAGUGCGUACGGUAACGAGCAUGCUGUGAGAAACAGAGGAUCUUAAAUUGCGCAUCACGAUCUCUGUUAUUGUCGUAAAGUGCUGUUGAAGAGGCAGGAGGGCUAAAGACUCAGAGCUUUUGUAACUCAUGUCUACGUGGCCCCUAAAACCCACUUGCAGAGAUUUCAUUUUCAUUAGGGCAUCAUUAGUUUUGUUUGUACUUUUGCCCUAAUUUCAUGAAAACAUUUAUAAUAAUCUUUUGUUAAAAAUUAAUUAUUUGAUUUCCCGGAAAUUAAUGGGAAGAUAUAUAGGGUUUGGAACAUGCAUGGCCCCUCUACGGUCCGAGCUUUAUAUUCAGUCUGUCAUAUGUUAUUCGCUGUUUACACUUUACCUUACACUGUUUAUAUUUAGUGCAUUUAUUGAAACUUUAAUUAGCUCGACGUACCAUUAGGCUUCCAAUGUUACAAACCGACCUGCCAUGCAUCGCAUUUAAGAAUAACAAAAAUCUCUACAUAUACCAUAUAUCUAUACGUUUUUAUAAUUGUUAAAACCGCACUGCAGUUAAACCGCUUGUCCUACACCACUCAAAUCGCAGUUACUAUUCGGAGCCUUAGUCUCAGUUGGUGUGUAUUGAUUUUCAGUAAUUCAUGACUUGCUUAUCACGCUUUUAAAAUGUAUACAUACACUCUACAAAAUUUUAUCUAUCGCUUCAUAUUCAAUGUUCUGUUUACAUUUACAUCCUGAGAUACAAAAAUAUAACUAGAUCUAAACUAGUAUUAAUUAUAUCCUAAUUUUAAAAUAACAUUUUUUGAAAUAUAACAAAAUAAUAAGAAGUAUAAGUAUUAUAUGAACUCAAACUACCAUAAUUAAACAUAUAUACGUGAUAAAUACAGAGUACAUUUCUGCGUUCGUAUAUCAAGUGGGGUUUUUUCUUAAAAUUAUAUCAAGUGGAGUUUGCUUACUUAUGUUUUAUAAAUAUUUAAGAAAAACACGUUUUACAAAAGAAUCAUCACUAGUUAUAUUUAGAGUUUAACUUGAGUAAUUGGAUGAUAGAGUAAAACAAUUAUCUUAAGCAAAAAAAAAAAAAAAACUUGAGUAAUUCGGAUUAUUUUUUGUUUGUACUGCAUUUACUUUUCUUUGUGAAAUCAUUAAUUAAUUUAAUACGGUAAUUUGUUGUAUGCGUACAACAUGAUUCUAUAGAAUUCAUGAUCGGUCUAGAAUAUAUAGCAGCGAGAAGAGCUAAAAUGAAUGUUUUCAAAAAUAAAAUUAAAAAAGAGUGAAAGAUAGAGAUACAUAGAAAGAGAGAGUGGCGGAAGGAAUUUCACUGUCGAAUAAAGAGCACGCUCUUCGAUAACGUAAAUGCAAUAUAAACAAUAAAUGAAGUGAAUUCAUGAGAGUUAGUUCAGGAUCAUCAUCAUCAUAUAUCUCUAUUCAAACACACACCCCGUACUACAUAUGGAAGAAUCAAUGAUGAUAUGCUUUUACAUGCAUAUAUAUGCUUAGACAUGGUUUAAAAGAUGGAAUAUUACAUCAUAUAAACAAGUAUGUCUCUAGUUAUAAGCUUCUUGUUUUGGAUAGGGAAGUACCUUUCACCCACAACUGCACCAAUUACAUUGGUGGUUGAGACUAUUUAUUAUCGCUCUCUCAAUGUCUCUCUACCGCUUUAUUGAUUAUACGGACUCAGAAAUGUUCAUAGAAUAUUCAACCCACAUGACGUUCCAUACACCUCGUGAUGUAUAGUGGUACAUAAUUCACAUAAAGUAGAACUGUGUUUCCUAUCAAUUUAACCUAUUUGUUUUCUGAACGAAUUCUACAUAAUUGCUCUUGAACUAAUUCUGCAAAAUUGCGUAACAAAAGAAAUCUCCUUUUAAUAGGAUAUAUAUAUAUGCAUAUAUAUGUACCACUAACACUAGUGACUUUCUACAUCUAGUAUCCACGAGUAAGACUAGUAUUUAACACUGGCUAAGCAAAAGUUUUAGUAAUCUUUUUUGGUGUUAUAACACGAAAGACAGAAUUUAUUUAGGAAAGGGGACAAGGGGUUAUAAGUUAUAACUAACAUGGGGACAAGGGGUUAUAAGUUAUAACUAACAUUAUUAUAUGUAAAUAUUUUAGCAAAAAAAAAACAUUAUUAUAUGCAUGUACAUUUUUUUCCAGGAAGGAAUAGUAUAAAAGAAUGAGUUUUUAAAAAAAAAAGGAUAAAAGAAGAGCGAAAGAAAAUCAUAGUGUUAGUAAUUUCCUAGAAAGUUAGAGAAGUGUAAUCAUUGCCUUCGACUGAGUUAAAGAUGAAAAAAAGUGAGGAGAGAGAUUUUAUUUUUACUUCACUUAUGAUUAUUUUGAUUGAUAGGGUUUUCUGAAUAAAGAAAAAUUAAUAAAAUAGCUCCGGAUUCAUAUUUUUUAGAAACCUGUGGACUUCAUUAUCAAUGAUAUUGCCUUUUUAUAAAAAGGUAUGUACUUAAAAACUCAAAACCUCACAAAGAGAAAAAAGAGUUGAGGAGGAUGUUAUCCGAUACUAUAAUUUAAUGGAAAUGAAUAUUUCCUCCGUUUUAUUAAGUUUGAUGUUUUAAAAAAAAAUUAUAAAGAUAGAUUUUUUUAUUUUUUCUAUGAAAAAUUGUGAUCUUAAAAAAAAUUUAUUUAUUUUAUUGAUUAUUAUUGGUUACAAAUUAUUAAAAUAAAAUAAAAAUUACAAAAAACGAUACAUUUGUUAUAGUGAUUUAAUGUGUUUUCUUAAUAUAUAUAAAAACACUAAAAAAUCUAUAUUUGUGAAAAGGAGGUAGUAUAUUUUAAAACUAGAAUUGAAUGUGUUUUAAAAUUAGAAAAAAUUAGCGUUAUUGAAUGAUGUGUUUAUUAGGUAGAAUUUGAAACACACUAAAACUCAUGUUAUUCAAUUUCUAUUGAAUUUUAUUUAUGGUAAAUUCUAAUGGAUUUAAUGUAUUUUUAAUUAAAAUGAAAGCAAACAAAUUUGUUUUUUUUUUGUUCAUAUUUUGUUCAGGAAACGUUACCAAAAUCAACAAGUUUAUUUUUUCCAAACAAAAUCAAUAACAUACUAUAAAAUUCAGGGGUCGUUAUUUGGAAUGAUAAAUGGUCAAGAUCACUUCAACAGAAGACAGAUCAAUACUUUGUGAUGGGAUAAUAUCAAAAGGUCUUUUGUAUGUUGUGUGCACAUACACACCCAAACAGAUCCCUUUUAUCCAAAUCAACAACAGCACAUCAAAAGCUGCUCAUUUUGAUUCCCUUUUCUUACGGGUAAUCAUUUUCUCAUCCUCUCUUCUCUCUCCCCUAUCAAUCCCAACACAUAAUACUAAUAAUAAUUUUUAACUAAAAGCAGAAUAAAGAUCCAGAAAUUUAAAUUAAAAAACUUGUCCAACUAUUCGAAAACUAUAAAAUAUAAUUAAUUACAUGAUUUAAAAUAAACUAAAAUUAUAUUUAAAUAAUUACUAUAAAAUAUUGCCAUGUUAUGAUAUUGAUUUUGAGAGUUUUUAUAAUAAAUGCUAGUACGUUUACAUUAACUUUUUUUUUGUCGGCCCUAUAUACUUAUAUCAUCGAUUUUUAGUAAAACUGUAGGAUACAUAAAAUUUUAGAAAGUAAACUGGUAUGAUGAUGAUGUUUAAAAAGAAGGAAUAGGGAUUUGAGAGUAGAGAAGAUCACUCCAUAGCUCAUAUAUAACACAUCGGCGCUUUUCAAUUGAUAUAAAGUGACAUACUCGAUAGAGGCCAAAACUUUUUUCUUCCCUCUUUCUAUUGAUUUUAACAAAGAGAUCCUUAGAUCCAUAAACCCACGUGUUAUUUCAUUAUGUCGCUCUCUGUUUUCUUCAUUUCAACUGUGCAACUUGUAUUUCUUUUAUUACAGUGUGCAACUUAUUUUUUUGAUUAUCGACCCCUUAUUUGAAAGAAUGUUAAAUUAAUUCAAUCAAAAAUACUUUUUAGAACAAGUGUUGCGAUUCUUAGAAGAAAUCAAAACCAAACUAGAUUUACAUCACAUUAGAAUUUUAACGGAAAGAGAACCAUGUUUCUGUGACCUUUUGAUAAGCUGGUGACUCUCGAUGGUUCAUGCUGGUGAUGCGUUUUUGAACGUACUUAUCUAUGAUUCUUAUAAGAACCGAGGCUGAGUUAGGCGUCUCACCAAAUCUUCUUCCAUUACGUUCCUUCAAUACAACAUAUAAUGUCGUCUAAAAUCGUAAGAGAACUAGUUCGAUCUUUUGUCUAGAUUUUCGGUGAGGAGAGGAAUGAUCUCUUCCCAUACAUGAGUGUAAGCCGUGGAUAAUUAUAAGUUAUUUCACCGAAAACCGGAACAAAAGAUCUUAAGCCCAUACCACCCAUUUUUAUAAGUUAUUUCGUUUUAUAUUAUAAAUAAUUUUAGCAAAAAAAUUGUUUUAUAAUAUAAUUAGUUUUAACAUUUCAAUGCAAUUUUUAUAUAUUGAAUAGUAUAUGACCAAUUAAGUUAUAUAUUUUUUUAUAAUUGGUUGAAAUCAUAUAUUAAAUAAUGUUUUUAAUAAGUAAUCACUAUAGAUAAUUACUCCUUCUGUUCCUUAAUAUUACAUAUUAUAGAAAAAAAAUUUGUUUUAAAAAGAUUCAUUUUUUACAUUUUCAAGACAUAUUUUAUUAACUUAUUGCAAAUUUCAAAAAAUUUAAGUGCACUUACUGAAUUGUUAUUGGUUUAAAAUUAUGAAACAAAGAUAAACACAAAAAAUAUGUAAAUUUAAUGUGUUUUAAUAAAAUGUGAAACAUUAAGAAACAUAAGGAGUAUAUUUUUAACUAAAAUUAUCUACAUCUGCGGCUUAAAACAAAAGAGAUUUAAAACAGAGGAAGUAUCUUUUUGAACACGCUCAUAGGUUAUAUUCUAGUAUAUAAUAAAGUAUUUUUUUGCAUGAACAUGAAUUUUUCAAAAUAAUUAAAGGGAACUGAAAUUUCGGGUUUGUAGCAUAUUUGAUCAGGGACGGACGGAGGAGAGGAGUGGGUGUGGCACUUGUCCUACACUCUUUUUUUUUCUUUUCUUAAUAGUAAAUAAAACUUAUUUUUUUUUAACUUGGUUUAAGUUAAAUUAAUAAAAAAAUAAGAAAAGUGCUCCACCCAAUUAAAACAAAAGAUUGCUCCACUCAAUCAAAACAAAACAAAAAUGUUUUAGUCCAAUUACAAAUAAAAUUUAUAUGCUCCAGCCCAUAUAAUUAACCUAAUAUUUUUUAGUUGAAGUUGAAUGUUACGAGUCCUAUGUCUAUUUUCUUUUGUAAAAAAAAAUAUUUCUAUUAAAUAGCACAAACCUUUGUACUGGAAUAUGGUAUUGACAUUAAUUAUAGUUAUUAAUUUAACAAUUGAACAUUGUUGAAUCCAUUAAAAUUACUUCUUUAGAUUCUCUUCUAAGUAAUAUUAUCUAUCAUUUCUAAUAGUUUACCAUAUAUUUAAUUUUAGCUAAAUUAUUCACUUACUUUUCACUGUUUACCGUAUUUGAAAUACUAUUAUAGUUAUUUUUAUUAAGUGUUUAUGGAACAAUAUUUUAAGAAACAAUGUCAAUCUACAUUGAAAACCAAUGUCAAUAGUAUAAUAUAAGUUUCUUAAUUAUAUAUAUUUUUUAUGUUUUUGGUUUGUUCUAUACUUUUAGUUUAUUUUGAGCUUUUAUAUAUAUGACUAUGUUAUAUUUUGAAAAAAAUUAUUAUAUUGGAUAUAAUAAAUAUAAUUAUGUGCCCCAGUCUAAAUAAAUUUCUGGAUCCGCCCCUGUAUUUGAUAUGUGUUUUGUGCUUAUAUUAUAAAAGUUUCAAUCCAGUAAAUGAUAUUCACAAAAACAUAUAAAGAUGAGAAUUAUUACUUGGUCUUUUAUCAAAAAAAAUGAUUACUUGUUCAAAUCAAUUAUCGACUACAUGCCUAUGCUACAUGCUGCCUUGGUUAUAACGAAAUUCUUUUGUUACGUCAGUUGGAAAUGACAAGGAAGAAGAAAAAACAAUAUAUAGAAUAACGAAAAUUGGUUAUAAUUAAAGAAGUAUAGUGUAUUUAAAAAAAUAUACAUAAAACCUUGACGUCAACAUAAAUAAAAAUUGCUUGGAAACAUGAAUAGCAGUUUAAAAAAAAAAAUAGUAUAUUUUUAAUAAUUUCAUUAAUAUAAUUACAUUAAUUUUUUUUUCAAUAUUUCAUUCAGUUUAACAGUUUCAUUAAUUAUAUUACAUUAACAAUACAUCACAUCAUUAAUUAUAUUACCAUAAUAAUAAUACAAAUUUUAUUUAUUAGUUAAUCAAUAUUUACUUUGUGCUAAUUAUAUUACCAUAAUAAUUAAUUGUUAUGGUAAUUAUAAUAGUGCAAAAAAGUUUUUAUGUGUGGAUUUUGAAUUGGGUCUUUCUGGGUCUGGAUGAGCUCGGUUCUGAUGUAUAAGAACCUAAAAAUAUCUAAAUAACAAAUGUAUGUAAAAUGAGUUCUGAUAUUUGUACCAAAAAUUAUCAUAUUACCCCAUUCGUCUAGAUCUUUUGAAUACAAUUAAAUAUAUUACGACUCAUCUAAAAAAUAUAACAUUAUUUAUAAAAAAAAUCAAUAUAUAAAAAUGCAAAAAUCAAUACCACGCGAGUGCGCAUAUCAAUCUCUACUCAAUUUUAACUUUAGAGUUCAGAUUUGUACUCCUUAAGAGCCGUGCUCAAGUGGUAAAUCAAAAGGGUAUUCUCUUAGGACAUCUUAAUUUCACUCAAACUUUUAUUCCAAAAUAGAGUAAAAUAAAAUAUAAAGUAAAAAAUACUCUAACCAUACUCUAUUUAUCACUCUAUAAAAAAGUCUGGUUUACUCUAUAAAUAGAAUAAUCUACUUUUUAUGUGUUCAUUACUUCAUUAGUGAAUGAAAAAUAGAAUAAAGUUAAAAUAUUUUUAUUCUAUUUCUCUAUUUUGGAAAAAAACUGAGUUUUAGUUUGGAGUUGCUCUUACAUGUUAUUUCAGAUUACUAUUGUCAUAUAGUUAAAACUGUUCUAUAUUUUGUAUUCUAGUUUUAUUUUCGUAAUAGUUCCUAUGAAAUUACAUUAGAGUUCAAAUGUGAAAUACUCGUUCAUUUUUUUUAACAUCUGCUUUUGUUUUUAGAUUCUUUUAUUAUACAUUCAUUAUUAGGGAUAUAUUAGGGUUUAAUCUAACAAGAUUAACACUAACCAUGUAUCAAAAUCUUUAAUCAUAACCUUGAUUUUUGAGACAUGAUUAAAAGAAGACUGAAUAAAAUUAGCCUAUGAGAUUUAUAGGCUUAAGUUUUUGGUCAGUUGAUUUUGCUUUACGCCAUUUUAUACAGUAUCUAACUAUAUAUUAAAAUUUAAAAUUUGUUCGAUUAUGCAAAAUUGAGUUUUCUCUUGAAAUCUGAAAUAUUAAGGUUUAACACCAAGAGUGCAAAACCUAUUUUUGCGAGAACUACAAAACUCUACUUUUCGGUAAAAUCGCAAAAUCGAAUUUUCCACCAAAUUUGUAAAAUAUUUCUUUUCUGCAAAAACAAAUUUUUUUCACAAAAAUCCAAAAUCAAGUUUUCAUAUCAAAACCGCAAAAUCAAAUUUUUACCAAAACAUGUUUACCCACCAAAAACCCUCCCAAAACAAAUUUUCUCGUUAGGACCCACUAAAUUGAGUUUUUUAGGCAAAACUGCAAAAUCAAAAUUUCCUACCAAAAUGAGUUUUUCCCCAAAUGGAAUUUGUCGUUGAAGUUACAAGAAAUGGAGGGAUUUGCUCGCGGGACUACUAGUUGGAGAGACGACGAGACAGAGGAAAGUAUUGAGGAGGAGAUGUGUCGUGUGAAGAGAGAGUUCAAGUCGCUUAAAAGCUAUGUAAGUACUUUUACUAACGUCAGAGAAACAACCAUCCAAGAGCUCUUUGAGCGGUCAGGUUGGUGACACAGCUAGAAGGAGAGAAGGCGCAAAAGAAGGUUGAAGUUCAGAAACUGAUGGAAGAGAAUGUGAAAUUGACGGCAGUUUCUGACAAGAAAGAAGCGCAGCUUCUUGCUCUCAUUGAAAAAUGCUAAGUUAUGGCUUUAAGUGCAUCAAACAUCUGAUCUUGCAUCUAUCUUCGCCGCAUUGUUUUUGGCUCAUCUCUCAUUGUCAUUUUUUAUAUUUUUGAAAGAAUGCUUCAGAUUGUUGCAAAGCUUCUUACUCGAUUGUUUAUUUUUCUGACAAAACAUUUUUGUAACUUUUCUCCGUAAAUAUACUAUGGCUUAUAGAGCCUGUCAAAUUUAUUAUGGCUUAUAGAUUGCUUUUCUUCACGGAAAGACAGCUAAAGAGUGCGUAUUUUAUAUAUUUUCUAUCUCCCUGAGUUACCUUAUAUUUGCAAUCUUUGUAGAGGUUUGAAAUUUAUUUGAUUGUUUUCUUUUUCUCAUCAACUAGAUACUGAACUCAUAACUGGACUGUCUAUGUAGGUUGAGCUAUAAAUGAGGAUCUUGGUGUGUUUAUAAAAUUAUAAGUAAGGUCUUCUUCCACUUGCAUACCCCUACUAGAGUGGUUGAUUCACCUCCUUUUGCAUUGUCUGAGUGUGGUUGGGGAGAAUUAUAGAAUCAAUAUAACCAUCUUCUUCCAUGCCUAUGUUUAAAGGAGUUGAAGUUGUGAGUACCUCUUUGUGAUUGUGAACCUCACUCGAGUAAGUUGUGUAUAUACAUCUUCUAUGAUCUUUUGAACUUCUCCAAGGUCUUACAUGUUAAAGCUUAACACGCAGAUUUUACAGUGGUCCUCAGUCUCUCAACAAUCACAUAUUUGUCAUGGCUGAGUAUUACAGCGAGAUUGUCUUCCCUGACCCUUUUGAGAGUUUCUUCACCUACGUGUGUUAUUACCUUGCUGUUCACAUCUCCAACCUCCCAUUAGGUGCAUUCUUGUUAUGGUGUCUACUGUCUAGUGAAGCAAUCGUUAUUGCUUAGUCAUGAUAAUUAUCUUCACUCGCUAAUAGAACAACAAGGAUAAUUCGGUUUGCGUUUGGUUUUUAAAGUUCUCAGACGCAGAUGAGCUAAAAAGACAGUUGAUCAUGGUAGAUAGGCAACCUGAAGAGUUUUAGUUUUCCUCUGGCUAUGAAUGUUAACAACAGAGAGAAGUUCGCUAGGAAUGUUUUGUAAGAUACACUUCAUAUGCGUCAAUGGGGGAGAUAUCUUAAUAUCUGGACACGUUUUCUAACGCUAUGGUUGAAUGUGACAGUAAAAAUGCAUAUGCAUUAGCUCAUCUUAUUUGCGACUGCCUCAAAUCUUCCCUUGUCAUACGUUAUUACAUUGGCUGCAAACUUUAUGUUAGAAGUUUUCUUGUCAAACAUAAGCAUCACAGGUUUGUGAAGGUGUGAAAAAACAGAACGUAAACUGAUUUUUUUUUUUAAUUUGUGUGGGAAGUUGCAGGGUCAAAUGCUUUGUUAAGAUGCAUGAUGCUCACUGACUAAGUAUUCUAGUGGUAAAGCUCUGUAUCUUUCAUGCCUUCUCUGUAUAGUAGAGGAGGCAAUGGAGGAAGCAAGCAAGGAGGGAUGCGUUCUUCCUAAAACAUGACCUCAAAAACAAGUAUUUUCUCCUUCUCUUCUAUAUGUAAGUCAUCUUCUUAUCGUCGACAAAAAAAGUCAUCUUCUUAUCCUGUAUUGUCAUUUUCAUUCAAUAGGACAUGUCCGGAUGCGUCGGUUUAGGCAUUUGUAGAUUUUUUAGUUUAUUUUCUAUGUUAGAAGAAGCACCACAUUCACUUCUCAUGGGUAGGGACUUGUGACAAGGACAUUUAUCGGGCUCUUAGUGAAGCUCAAUAUUUCAAAAUAGUCACAUGUGACUUGUAAAGACAAAGAUGUUGAAAUCCUUGUUGUUCUUUGUGGCCAUAGAACAUGGGAAAUUAACUUCCCCACUUUAGGUUAUCCAAAGAAGAGAACAGAAAAAAUAUUCAAAUUGGUGGCUCAUAUUGGAUGGUGAGGAAUAUAUGUCUGCUUAUGUGUUAUGGCACUCUUUGCUUAGUUGGUGUUGCUGGUGGUGUUUUAGGUUUUUGGAUAGUAGCCACAUGGGUGAGUCCUAUGGUUCCAAGACAAUGGACCCUCACACUUAAGCCUCUUCUUAUUUCUCUUGGCUCUGCUUUUUCUAAUACGUUGUCUUCUUCUUGCUUCCUUUUUCAUUACCAUUUUUUAGUUAAUUUAUUUUGCAGAGAUACAUGUCGAACAUCACAUGUCUUACUUUCCCCUCUUUUUGUUGGUGGGUCUAUGAGUUUACUAACUUUUCAAAGAUUCUUCUAAGUUAUAACAGUGUUUAGUUGCAGAAAUUUAAACUGAUAUAUAAACCAUGUUACUUUCAAGUUGGAAGUCAGGAUAAUAUAAUAGUGACCAAAUACAAUGUUUAAUGAGAAAAUGAAACAUGUCAUUGACCAGUGACACAAUAAUCGGACUAACAGGUUUUGUAUCCAUUAUGUUCUCAAGAGUUAUCCUACACCAUAACUUUCAUGAUUCAUUUAAUGUACAUAGGUUCUUAUAUUAGAAUGUUAAGCUGGUAGAAUUAAUAAAAACAAUUUGUCUAUGAGGAGAUUGCUUCAUAUUCUUACAUAUAUACUGUAAAAUUCAUUAUUUCCAAUAUAGAUUUUAUUAUUCAAAAUUUUUAACAUUUUACAAAGUCGGAUACAUGUAGUUUGAAUAAUAUUUUUAAUCAUUUAGAGGUUAUAAAUUUAUAUGUGUUAUUUUUGUUUAAAAGAUUAGGUUCAAAACCAGUGUUUUAUUAAAUUAUACUUUGGACCAAUUCUGCAUAUAUAUAUAUAUAUAUGUAUGUAUGUAACACUAAUGUUAUAUCUUAUCUAAGCUCUGAUGUGAAAGUUUUAACGAUUAGUUUUUCUGUAAUGAUAAUGUUUUAAUAUGAAUCAAUAAGUGGGAAAAGAAAAUCAGAAGAAGGUGUUGGGAUUUCGGUUGAUGUCAAGGAAGAAUGAAUUGAUAAUGUCUCCGAGUUAUAACCACAACAAAUGCCCCCGACUGUAAUCAGCCAAGUGUCAUUGUUCCACCAUUAUCUGUCCACCCUUUGAUUCUACACCACCCAUCCUUUUGACUUCUUAUUUUAUUUUGUUUAUUCUUUUGUUGUUUUUGUUUGUUUCCUUCUGAGGAUUUAUCUACUUUCUAUAUUGUUUUUGUACUUUAAUACCUGACUAUAAAGUGAGAAUUCUAGCUAGUAACUACAUAUUGAUCAACAUCAUCAUGAAAAUAUGAUCUUUUAAUGGACAAGAAUAACGAACAAAUCUGGGUUUAAUUAGUAAGUAGUAGGAGUAUCUUCUGUUUAAUUACAUUCUUGACAUGUUCAUCGCAUAUGUAUAUAGUAAAUUUACAUUUGAAAAACAUAAAUGCUGUCAAUGGUAAAAAAAACCUUCGACGCAUAUAUAGAAUAUUUAAGAAAUUGUAGACUAAAACUCAUGCUAAUCAUCACAAUCUGUGGAAUCAUUUUAUUUUUUGGAACGCUAUUCUAUAGUUUUAUUCUUCAUAUGUUAAUAAAAAUUUAUAGGAUUAGCAGAAGGAAUUUGAUUUUGAUGUUCGUUAUAGAUUAACAUACGUAAUUCGUUUUAACAUAAAUAGUGAAAAGAUACUAUAGAUUGAGGAUGAAAACUAAGAUUUGAUGAUUUGAUCAUACUAAAAAGUAAGAGAAAACAAAGGGGAGAUGAAUAAGUUGUUUUCGGUUAAGAAAAUGAUUAAGAGUAUCUCUAACUCUAUUCUAUUUUUUCACUCUAAAAUAGAGUUUUAGAUAUAAAAAUGUAUUAGUGAUUUUUUUUAAUUUAUAAUAGAGUGAAAAAUAGGUUUACUCCAAAUAUAGAAAUUUUUUUUUUGUUCAUCGCUCUAUUUUUUAUUCUAAAAUAAAGUAUUAUUAAAGCAAACUUAAACUCUAUUAUAAAAUUAAUCUAUUUUAGAAUGAAAAAUAUAGUAAACCAUCGGACAUGGUCUAAGGACCUGGAAGAAGUACGUUUAAAAUGCUGUUGGAAAUGAUCUUAAUGCAAUGCAUCAACUUCGAGGAUAGAUUUCAUAAUAAAACAAAAUAUUAGGUUCGUGUCUAAAGCAUCGUUCUAAUUCUCACAUGGGACAUAAAUCCUUUACGCUUACCAUGCAUCUUGCAUAUGUAUUGUCCAGAAAAUAGUAUAAAUUGAUUAACAAAUGAUUGACAUCACAAGAGUAUUCAGAAUACGCAUAGAUUUGCGUAACUAUAAACAAUACUAAUGUUCAAAAAAAAAAACUAUAAACAAUACUAUUUGUUAUUUGAUAUAAACCCAAGUGACCUACAUAAAUCCCUUGAUUUUUUAAUAAAACAAAAUACAAAUUGAGGGUUUAGGUGAUUUUAAGGUCAAACAGUUGUGUAAUUCAGUCACUUCUUCAUAUAUGUCUUGAACAAAAUUCAAUAUAAUGUACAUAUAUUAUUCAGCAUUUUUGCAAGUUUUUCUUUGUAAUUUUUUUUCUCGUUUGGUUUCACGAUUUUUUUAAAAUUAUUUACUUCAUUUCAAAAACAUAUUAGGUUCUGUCAAAAAAAAUUAUAGAGGAUUUAUAAAUAGUGACUGUAGACAAAUGGAAAAUGACUAAACAACACAAAAAAUGGUACACACAACUUCUAAUGAUUAAAUGAAUAAAACGAUCCGCAAAAACUAAGAAAGUAACCAAAUAAACCAUACAAGUUAACCUUUUACACUCGAUUUCACCACAAGAUUAUAGGUUUUAUGUGGUGGUGUUUACCUUUGAAAAACUAGGGUCUACCUGCGCAAAUGUAUUGUUAUAUAUAUUUUAUAUUAAAUGGUAACGUCAAAAAUUAUAGUUUUGUCUUGGAUCUAGUAGAAGACAUUGUAAGAAAGAAAAUAACAUGUUCCUCUCUAUCUUUUUAUUGAGAGAAAUGGGCGUUUAUGUAUGUUUCAAUAAUGGCCAUUUGUAACAAAAAACAACUUUAAAAAGUCGCUGCAAAAUGCACGUUGUACGUAUGAGAAACAAAGACAAAGGUUUUACCAAAAAAAUUUUUGUCGAGGAAUCCUUAUAUAUGUAUCGCCGAAAGUACGUCCUUUGGCUACAACAAAGACUCUAAUUUCGUCCGUAAUUAUGAACAUGCAUAUCUAUAAAGAUAUAUAACAAGCCAUGGUCUCAUUUAUAUGAUGUAUACGAUAUUAGAGUAAGAGAAACAAAAUAGACAUUUGUUUGUAACAUUGUGUCUAAGUAUGUAAAGGCAAAUGGGAGACAUUGUAGGGCAAUGUUAUAGUCCCUACCCAAACUUUUUCUGGACAUACUCUUUCAAAAUUUUAAUUACAUCCCUCUCUCGUCCUUGUUGGCUCUGUCUUCAAGAGUCUAUUUGUCCUUGCCUACUACAUCCCACAUGAUUUUGCUUUCACAAGAACAGGAAAUCUUGAUGUCCUAAUUUGAAUCCAAACAGGACAUUUGGCUUUUAUAUGAUCCCAAUAAAUAGGGCUAUGAUCGAUCCAGAAAUCUAGAUUUACGGGAUAAACAUGAAUGCUUUCGUUUACGUAUCAGUGAAACUUGAACUUGGAUCCGUGUAUAUGCUUAUAAUGAUCACAUGGCUAAUAUAGAUAUCAUCAUUAGUUAUUAAAUUUAUAAAUUUUAUACGAAAUAUACGCGUUUUGACGUGUGUUUUCAUUGAUUCUAUCCGCAUACAUGUGUUUUCGUAUCCGAAUUUAAAUCACUGCAUGCAUGUGUUCCUAACUGUUUAGUAGUUUUUGUGUAAAAUAUUAUAUACAUAUUGUAUAACUUUCUACUUCUUUUUUACGUCGAGUUAUGCAUAUUAAAUAGUCCCUAUAGUUUUUAAGAUAUAUUAUUAAUAACAAUUAAAAUUAUGAUCUAUCAGCUAGUAAAUUAACAAAUAAGAAAAGAAUAUUAUUGUGCAUUCAUACUAAUGCAUAUCUCUAUAUAUACAUGUAAAUGUUUGAACAUACAUUUAAUAAUACCUAUAAUAUAUUCACUGCUUUGGUCAACGUCAGAAGUAAUCAUAGCCAAUUAAUCGUUAUCUAUAUUGUUAUACUCAACUAAUUAUAAAAGCCUACUAUGUCUUUGUACAUAUUAAUAUUUAUUAUUUUUCCAUAUCAAUUUAUUAACAUUCCAAACUGUCCAUACUCCAUAUAUUAUAAAUACUUCUCCAUGUACCUCUAACGUCCAUAACAUUUCUUCAAACAAAACCCAAGUUUCAGAGAAAAAGGAAAAGAUUAAAAAUUAAAAAAUGACAAUAAAGAGGUCAUCUCAAGCAACAUCGAUCAAGCAAAUCUUAAAGAGAUGCUCGAGUCUAGGGAAGAAGAAGAACGUCAACGGUUGCUAUUACAAUCAAGAAGAUGAUAGUUUUCCACAAGACGUGCCAAAAGGUCAUUUUCCGGUUUAUGUUGGACCGAACCGAAGUCGCUACAUCGUUCCCAUCUCGUGGCUCGAAUACUCCGAGUUUCAAACGUUGCUCCGACUAGCCGAGGAAGAGUUUGGUUUUGACCAUAAUAUGGGUCUUAUCAUACCCUGUGAUGAAGGGUUCUUCAGGUCUCUGAUCUCCAUGUUCAGAUAAAGUUCGAUCUAAAAUAUCCAAGAAAGCUGACUAAUAGCUAAGUGAUGGCCAGAAGAAGAUCCGUGUUAGCAAGGCAUCAAUCCGCGGGUUGGGUUUUUUUUGUUCUUUUUUUUUCUUUCGAAGACGAAUAUUUGUAAUAGUUGGAGUCUUUUUUUCCCUCAAGUCGGCGUGAAAGGUUAGCCGGUGAUUUUGAGAGGAGUAGCUAGUUAACUUCUAUAAAUAUGUUGUGAUCAAUUAAAAAAAUCUACAUGUUCUUUUUUUUUUUGUCAACACAUGUUCUUUAAUCCACAAUAUAUAAAUGUUCCAAAAUCAAUAAUUCA